GCGCCUGUCAAACUUUGACAGUAAAGCGUCACGUGUUGGUUUAUUUUGAUCUCAGAGCGACAGCAGCUUCAGAGAAGCGCUGUUUAGACGGAAAACACGCACGAGUCCGAUGAAGAUGCGCGUGCGCGCGUGUGUCGCGGCGCUGCUGCUGCUGCUCGCGCUGCGAGCGUCUUCCUCUCUAGACAUCAAACUACACGACGAUGAAGAUGAAGACGCGAUGUUUAAGACGCCUGAAGGAGACGCGAGGGUGCAGGUGUCGGGUCGAGCGCUGGUUCCGGGCGUCAGAACUCAGGACUGGAUCUCAUCUGCGCGGGUUCUGCUGGACGGAGACAAACACGUGGGCUUCAUCAGAGAUGAUGGAUGCUUCACAGUCAGCGAUGUUCCGUCCGGAUCGUAUGUUCUGGAAAUCUCCUCUCCGACCUACAGAUUCCAGCCUGUGCGGGUCGACAUCACCACCGCCGGGAAGAUGAGGGCUCGUGUGGUCAACUACAUCCAGACCUCAGAGGUGAUCCGACUGCCGUACCCGCUUCAGAUGAGGAGCGUCGGGGUGCAUUCAUACUUCAUCCUGCGGGAAACCUGGGGCUGGUCCGAUUUCCUCAUGAACCCGAUGGUUCUCAUGAUGGUUCUUCCUCUCCUCGUAAUCCUUCUUCUUCCUAAAGUCUUCAACCCCAGUGAUCCCGAGAUGAGACGGGAGAUGGAGCAGUCCAUGAACAUGCUGAACUCCAAUCAGGAGCUUCCAGACGUCUCGGAGCUCAUGACCAAGUUCUUCUCAUCACCUAAAAGUGACGAGAAGGCAGGAGGCGGAGCCAGAGGCCCUCGGGGUGGAGCUCCGGGUGCAAGGGGCGGAGCUUCGAGGCGGAAAAUGAAAGAUUAAUAUGCACUGUGCACCUCACGUCAUAUGCAGAGUAAAACAGAAGCUAAGAGCGUGAAAAUGCUUCUGUUUUUAUUUUAGGUGUAUCUGCUGUGUUUAGUAAAGCUGAAGACUUCAGUCGGUCAGAACACAAUGUUUCAUCUGUGUUUAUAUGUGAAUGUCAUUAUACUGCUGCUGAAUCUUGA